AUUGCUUCAGCACGCUGUACAACCAUUUCUUCCUCUUACUACAAUAAAUUCCCCUCUGUCUGACUCUUCGUCCUACGUAAUUAAAACCGUUUGUUGUUGUUUCUUCCCGACAAGGAUUCACGAGUUGAUGUCCGUUUCUUGACAAUUGUAGAGCUUGAAAACGAAAACCCCACUCCCAUCGCUACUCAUUUCACCCACCCCCGCACUGUUCAAUUCCAAUUUCCAAAUGGACCAAUCUUUCUUGCAUUACGCUGUCGUAGCCUUCCUCACUCUAUCAACCAUCCUCCCCCAGUCCGCCGCCCGGGACCUCCGCCCCUCCGACCACGGCCUAUCGUAUCAACAACACUCUCUCCCUCCCGCACAGAACGGCGACGCCCAAGAAAUGCGCUCGUUCUUCGGGACGGCCACGUCAUCUUCAUCGUCCGUGCAGCUGCCUGAGGCGAAGAAUAUCAGCGACACCUGGUGGAGCGCUCACGCGGGCGGCGGGAGGACACGCGACGUCGGAGGAGAUCACGUGAGGCUGGGGUUGCUGGUGGCGAGCGCGGUUUGCGGACUGACUGGCGUCGUAUUGCUGGGGGUCUCGGGCGUGGUUUUCCUCUUUCGGCUGCAAAAGCAGAAGCCAAAAGCUGAGAGAAUCCCCUCGGAGUCGGAGUCAGCAACAGCAUCAGCACCAAGGUUUGUGGCUGAUGAUGCAGACAAUCAAAAGUAGAGGUUAGUGCUAAUUGACUUGUGAAUUAAUUCCUUAAUUCCACUUGUUUAAUUUGUGUAUAAUAGUAGUUGUAAAAUGAUGGAUGUUGUAAUUGCAUGAGAUUAUUGCCAUGCAUUCUGCCUUUUUGUCUCGGAUUAAUAUACCCUAAUCUGUUUGAAAUA